CGACUGUCGGAUGCUGGUUAUGCUACAGCGUUGCUCCAGUGAGCUCCGCCACUUGCUUUUAGCUAGCAGCAUUACACCUUUAGUGUCCCGGCCAAACCCCGUGUUAGCGACUUGGGCGCCUGCCUGCCUGUUGUCCGUUUGAGAGGGUAGCCCACGCAACAGCCGCAGCUGGGACAAUGAGUGAGAAUGGCCCUCGUAAGGAGGCGCCCAUGUACUUCGAGGUGGACCAGCGGGACGAGGAAGAGGAGGAGGACAAGAUCCACUUUGACAAAGAUGGUGACCUGAUUGCCGAGCCGUCCUCGUCGUCCGGUCGUGUGUACGACCGCACCACGGUGCUCAUUGAGCAGGACCCCAUCCGGCUUGACGAGGAGGGGGAGGAGGAUGUCCAUUGUGGAGGUGACGAAGACGGGGUCACUUUCUUAACUGAAGGGGAUGGAGACGAGGAGGAAGGCUCUCUGGCUUUCAUGGCUGACCCGGACGGCAUGUCGCAGGGCUACGUACACCACACCAUCUCGCCAGAUCAGAUCCAGUUCAUUAUCAAUCCUGGCUCCACUCCCAUGCCACGCAACAUAGAGGGGGCCACGCUCACGCUGCACUCUGAGUGCCCAGAAACCAAGCAGCGAGAGGUGAAGCGUUACCAGUGCAUGUUUGAGGGGUGCACGCGGACCUACAGCACAGCAGGAAAUCUGCGGACGCACCAGAAGACCCACCGGGGCGAGUACACGUUUGUGUGCAAUCAACAGGGCUGUGGAAAGGCCUUCCUCACUUCCUAUAGCCUCAAGAUCCAUGUGCGUGUCCACACCAAGGAGAAGCCUUUUGAGUGUGACGUUCAGGGCUGUGAAAAGGCCUUCAACACUCUCUAUAGACUAAAAGCACACCAGAGACUUCACACGGGCAAGACGUUCAACUGUGAAUCAGAGGGAUGCACAAAGUACUUUACAACGCUCAGCGACCUGAGGAAGCACAUUCGCACACACACUGGGGAGAAGCCAUUCCGGUGCGACCACGAUGGUUGUGGCAAAGCUUUCGCUGCUAGUCAUCACCUAAAAACACACGUACGAACUCACACAGGUGAGAAACCUUUCAAUUGUCCCAGUGAUGGCUGUGAGAAGACAUUUAGCAGCCAGUACAGUCUGAAGAGUCACAUCCGGGGUCAUGACAAGGGCCAGCCCUUCAGUGUCACCCUCACCCAUCCACUGUCUGAAGAUGCAAAUCACUCGCUGUGCCUCAGUGACUUAAGCCUCAUCUCUACAGACUCUGAUCUCCGAGAGAACAUCAAUAAUGCUCAGAACUUGGACCUAAAUAAUGUGACCCCUGUGAAAAUAUUUGAGCUCAUGUUCCAGAGUCCUGAGAACAGCAUCAGUCAAGAUGACGUGCACCCCAACGAGAGCUUUGUUGAAUCCUUCAGCCUGGAGACGUCUGCCCAGCCAGGAGUGACUGAUGCCUCGUCUCUCCUUUCCUUCUCCCUCAACAUUGCUCCCUCGUCUCCCAGUCCCCACACCACCUCAGUACUGGAGGCUGCUCCACAGCUCAGUCAGACCUCCUCAUCCCAGACCUCUACCAGUACAGCUGUCAGUUCCACUCAGCCAACCCCCUUCGUGAACUUAACCAGCUCCCAGCAGACACUCGACUUGCCUUCCCAGGCACCAGUCCAAACACCAAACCAGAUCACCCCACAGCACUAUGUGGCGCUACCACCCACAUUCUUGCAGGCUGAUGGUGCUACGCAGACCACUCCUCUAGCACCUCCUAUUGUCUCCGCUCCACCUCCAGUGGUGCCAGCACUGACCAGCACGGCACCAGGCACUACUGCUGUUUCUGUUGUUGCAGCUCCUGCUACAGAGGCUCUCCCAGCUGUGGCUAACUCUGUGCCUUUAGUCACCAACCCUGCCCCCGUCCCAGGCCCUGGUCUGGCUUCCACUUCUGCCACCAUCACCAUAGCACCCACGCAGAACCUGCUGCAGCCCAGCUUGGUCAUGUCUGACCAAAACCUGCAGUGGAUCCUCAGCAGUGCUGCAAACAGUCAGCAGAACGCAGAGCAAGCAACACACCACGGAGCUCCAAAAGUGGAGAAGGUUUUCUUCACCACAGCCAUACCAGUGGGAGGAAACCCAGGCAACACGGUCCAGCAGAUUGGCCUCAGCCUGCCAGUCAUCAUCAUCAAGCAGGAGGAGUCCUGCCAGUGCCAGUGUGCCUGCAGGGACUUGACUAAAGACAAGAGCUCCAAAAAUACCACCUCCACCGUUUCAAUGGUAGCACAGCAGCAGGCUCCUGACCCUCCUCCACCCCCACUACCACAGCCCCCAGAGCCUCCACAUCCCCCAGCCACCUCAUCUCCCUCAUGCUGCCUUCCCCGGCCCACCUCAAAAGCAGGUGAGGUGGGAUUGGGGAUCCCGUCUUCUUCCUCAGCCCAAACUUUUCCCACAAUAGUGAGCAGCACGGCCACUAACCCUCUUCCAUCAGACGGAUUAGCCAACAUGGAUAUGUCCGACUUCCUCUCCCUACAGAGCCCCGAGACAGCUGCCAACAUGGAGGCUUUGUUGCUCGUUGCUGACGACUUCAACAUGGCCACCGACGGCAACAGCCAACCCUAGCACAGCUGGCUGCGGAGCUGCCAACCUCCCGCCAUAUGCUCAUCUGUUGCACCCAUCGACAUCGAUCCCACCCACAUCUUGAGUCACUCUCCUCAGUGAAAGCCUCUUGUGUGUCUCUAUGUACUUUGUACAUAGGCACCUCUGUACCUGCAGUGCAUUCUGAUCUUUCUGCUAGUGUGCAAAAUACAUGAAGCAAUUUUGAACCAUAUAAUGCAUUAUGCCAUGGUGUAGUAGUAGCAAAGGUUUUUUUAUAAGCAGCGUUAGUUUGCGUCUUAGUUCUGGAGUUCUGCAAGUUAAAUCCUAAUCGAUGCAGGAAAAUGGUAAUUACUGCAUUAUUGUGAGACUUGGAACAAAGGAUCACGGUUUAUACAAUUACCCCUAUCCAAUAGGUUUUAAAUUGAUCUUAACUUUAAUGUGUCAUUGAAUAAGCACUGAAAAUUUAGGAUACCAUUGAUCUGACUUGAGAAGAUGGCAUCUGAACGCAGGAAAAAAGUUGAGUUGUCCCUCAAUCCUUGUACUGUAUGAAGGGUCCAUAGCAAAUAUUUAAAUCUGGUAUACAGCCGACCAGAAUGCACUGUAUCUAAGUUAAAUUUGGAAUAGUUUUAUCAAGUGCUCUGCCUAGUUAAAAUUGGAAGGGGUUGACUGUACAUUCCCUCAUCUCCUCUAUGUAAUGCCAAGAUAUGAAGUGAUUUCCUCCAGUAUUUUAUUUUUUCAACUUGGAAGAGUAGCACAUUCUAGACAAGUGUGAUAUUAGGGUUUGUGCCCACCCCAACAUGUACUCCCUAAUUGAAAAAAGAAAUCUGAUCAAAUCUGCUUGACCUUUAAAUACUAUUAAGUCAAUACUUCCAUAUGUUGCCUGUAAUUUAAAACUAAUUUAAUGUGUACAUGUUAAUUUAUUGAAUUGCUUGAUCUGCUCAUUUGUUUUACUAUUCAAAGAUAGCAGAAAAAUCAUUGUAAUUUAUUUCAUUUACUUUUGGCACAUAUUCUUAGGUUUUGUUCUAAACUUUUUUUCCUUUUUUUUUUCUUUUCCUUUGUUUUUUUUUUAUUUUUAUUAUUAUUUUUUAUCACAAUGUUACUGAGUUUGUCUCAAGAAUAUAAUGGGUAUUGCAAGUUUCAGAAAAAAAGGCAUCUAUACUGCACACAGUAAGAAAUAAUCCUCUGGGAUCUUAUUUGCAAAGUUUGUCCAAACUGUAGGAAAUUGCUAUCAAUAUCCCAGUUUUGAUAGGAUUAUUACCCUCUCAGGGAUGCAUAAAAUCAUAACCGGUUCUGUCUCCCUUGAUUCCUUACUCACCAGACAUGAUUUUUCCUCUCCCGACGCUCCGGACUUGCAGUAGCCCUAUUUUUUGCUGCACUCUCCCCUGCUUAUUGCACACGAACUUGUUCACCAAGUAGUUUGACAGUUCAGCAGCUGAACUCCUGCACCAUUUCAGUCUUUGUGUAUACCACUGCUAAAGGAGUAUUUAACAAAAAACUAAAGAAAAAAAGGCAGACCUAGAGACGGUGUAAAUACAGUAAAUCUAGUGUAAACAUCUUUUGAAAACUUGUAGUUCUAGAAUUUGUAUUUUUGUAUAGAAUUUUGAAUUGAGUAGUCUCAAGAGUUUGGAGGCUGAAGUGAAAACCCUCUUUUCUUGUGUUCUUCCCCGGCAGGCAGUCAUGUCUUACGCAGAGGAUUUUUUUUUUUUUAACACGGUUUUCCAAGCUGUCGAGGCUUGUGUACAUUCAAUAGUUAUAUUAGGUAUACACAACACAUAGCCUCCUGCUCAGAAUAAUGUGUUUCACAUGGGACAUAAUGCAAUGACAAUAUGGUAGGAGUAGGCAUAAAGCUAUAAAUGACUUUUUUUUUAAAAUGCAGAGCUACCUGGCCUUACAACAAAACUCGCUGUUUUUACUAGCCUCCUUGCCUUGACAGUCUGCCUCGGACUUGCCAUCUACAUGCCCCGUCAUCAUUCAUUUAGUCCCAAGUCAACGCCUUCUGCAAUUCUAUCUGAAGGUGUUCGUGGAUGGGAAAAGAAUAAUGAAUGGGUGAGUCAGCCACAGACAGUGGGAUUCUACAUUCAAGUCAUCUCGGCUGUGUAGUAUGAGCAUAUUGGCAUCCAUUUAGAGUUCUCCCUUGUGUCACAAGAGCUACAAAGGCCAUUAGCAGACAUCUUAGACAGGCUCCAACCAUGCAUGCCUUGUCCUCCUCAUUCUAUAUACACGGCAUGUCAGACCUGUGUGUUAAGCCGGUUCCAUCUGAAUAUAAAACUAGCUCAGAACAGACUUUCUAGAAGUCUUCUCUCCAUUCACAAGGUUUUUUGCCAAGAGUCCUGUUCAUACCUGCCAUUAAUAUUCCAUGUCAUGCAUACUGAAGGAAAAUAACUAUGCAAUUUUUUGACUGCGGCAUCCACUGAGGCGUAAACACACCAAACCCCAGGACGAAGAGUCCAAAAAAAAGAAAAAGUCAAUUUACUUUUCCUAUUCGUGAGUUACGCCUGUCUGGUCCAAACUGAUUUGCAAAUCCCUUAGUAAAGACAUGGUUGCGUAAGUGGUCUCUCCAGUGCUUCAUACAAAGCAUGCGUUUUGAUGUUCUUCUCCAGUGCGUUGCAUUUGACAGAUCACAUCUGAAGUGGGCUGAACCUGGGCAUUGUAGGGUAUUUGUCUUUUUUUACCAAGUGCUUUCCUAUGAAUACUGAACCAUGACUUGUACCUUUUGUUUUGUUUUGUUUUUUAACAUGCUGUUUGAGAUAACUGGUUUAAAACCAACUGGAUGUGCCAGGAAGGGAGAACUUGGUAGUUGAUUCUGUUUUAAGAAUUAUUUUUGGUCAAUUAGAAGCAGCAUUUUUUUUUUUCUUCAACGUUGUGGGUAAACGACAUUUUCAUUUGUUCUCAUGGUGCGUUUUCAUUGACGUCAUCUCACUUUUCGCAUUGAGACAAGGACUAUCAGUCGACCCAUCUUAACUAAUGAAAGUCAGACUGCUAAAUAAAUCAAACACUGGUUUUGCCUUUUUGUGAGGGGGGGGGUACAUAUGACGAAGCUGUCGACUUUUGUUAUAAUCGAGCCUAGACGUGGUUGUAGAGUUGGAGCUCUUGGUUUUCUGCAGCUUACCUGAAUAUUAGCAAUUCACGAGCGAAACACUGAUGGCGACAUUUGUUUGGAAGCAGAUUUUUCAUUGGGGGGGUGGGGGGUCCAUUAUAAAUGGUUUGAAGGCGUUUUCAAAAAUCUGUAUAGAGACGCAGGAAUUACCGCUGCUUCAACAUUUUUAGAUGCAUAAAAAAAGGAAUGCUUCCAAAGGAAUGUCAUACACCCAAAGAGAGGAACUGUAAAGAUUAGUAUUUUUUAAAAAGAAUGUAUAAUGUGAAAACUUGGCGUGCUUGUUUUGUAUAAAGUAAUAUUGUAUUAUGAGAAAUAACUUUUUUUGAAUUGAGAGCAAUAUAAUACUAAUAAAACAUUAUCCUUGUCA